GGACCAUCACUACUCAUGGCGCCUGCGCAGACGCUCGGUGGAAUUUCUGUUUACGUUUGAAUCAGCGACUCGCUCCUGGAAGCUGCGGAGAUUUAACCGGUAAAAAUGUGAUUAAAGUCAACAUUGAUCAUCAGUUCCUGGCUGCUGUGGAGAAAAUCUGUGGACCAGAGACAGACUUUACUGUCGGUGAACGUUUAUUACCGCUGCGUCUCUCAGGUUCCUGAUUUCCCAGCAGGGUUGGCGUUCCUCUGAAUAUGUUUCCGGUGAUGAAGAUAACUCCAUCCAAAGCUUCCAUGCAGACGUCCGUCGCUGCAGCGAAGAUCAAGAAUAAGAUUCUCAACACCUCGUCCUUCUUCAAGGUCUCUCUGAAGACCAACAAUAAGGCUCUGGCUCGGGCUCUGGAGGCCCAGAAGGAAAGAUGUCGGGAGCUGGAGAAGGAGGUGGUCUUCCUGAAGAAACAGAUCGAAGCCGACUGCUUCGAACGGGCGACCAAGAACUACAAGCAGAGUAAACUGAUCCUGAUCGUGAAGAACCUGCUCAGUAACACUCUGCAGCACUGGAACAUGGUGACGGAUCUGUUCCCUGAACCCGAGCUUUCAGAAGAUGCUUUGAUGUUCCCUGAAAUCAACCAGGCUCCUGCUGCAGCAGAAAGCCUCACAGAUCAGUUGCUGCUGCAGCCGGAAGUUUUCAGUGGUUCUUUGUGUCUGACUGAAACCGAAUCAGCUGACCAGCCUGAGAAGAUCCCCAGCAAAGACGUCUGCAGCGUCCAGAGACACGACAAGUCCUCACACGUUUCUGAUGACGCUGAGAAAAGAUGUUCGAGUUGGUUUGUUCAAGUCGCCCAGACAGGAAGCUCCAGCAGCCUGAGGGAGGAAGUGGAGAGACUGUCGAUGGUUUUAUCUCAGUCUGGGUUCGACAUGAAAUCUGUCCUCUCGGUCCAGAACCAGCAGACAUGUGGUCAGUCCAACUCCUCUUGUUCUGCUGUGGAACCUGAACCAUCGCCUGGAAACAAACCAGAGAAAACUCUGCUGCUGAACACCACAAUGGAGAUGACGCUCAGUAACGCCAGUGAGAUCAUCACUGUGGAAACCAAAACCAAAAAGACCAGAUGCUCCAAGAAACCGAAAGGCAAAAAGAAAGAAGAACAAACCUGUGCAGAGGCGAAGAACCCGGCAGAUUCCAGGUCCAGCGAAGAAGUUACCAGAACUGUGGGCCAAACGGUCAAAGAUUUUAGAGACACAGGAUGUCCUGAGCUUCAGUCGCCCAAAAUGUUGUAUAGAAACAUCACCACCUCUCGCAUCCCCAAACUGGCCAAACAUCAGAAAAUGUCGAAGAACAAAUUAAAAUCCAGAGAGUUGGUCCUACCAGACCUGGAUGAUUAUUUCACAGAUCCUGAAGUUCAGUCUUCAGAUGCCAGACAGACGGAUCCUUCAGAGGAGACAAACCCCAGAAUCACCUGCAGGAAGUCCAGAAAAACAGUCAGCAGGAAGACUUUAGUUCCUCGUGAGAUGGAGAGGAGUCUGUCCGAACUGCAGCAGAUUCACUCUGAACCUGAAGACCAAAUGAUGUUCUGUACAGAUGAGUCCAGACAGGUGGAACUUCUUCCCCCUCAUGGAAAUGAAUCACAGAGCAGAACGAAGACGGAUCCCAGUGGAGGCUCAAGGUGCAGAGGAACCUUUGUGAUCUCAGUGGACCAAGACAGCUUCUACUCCAGCAGAGCUUCACCAGAACCAGACCUGAUGCUUCCAGCAGGGUCCAGUCAGGAGGUUCUGGAUGGAAGCGAACAGUCCGACUGGAAUCCUCAGCCGGAGCCUCGGCGCUCCUGGAAGCGCUCCUGGACGGACGCUGAGAAGGUCAACCAACUCACUGACUCAGGGUCAGAGGUCCAGAAACAUAAAAAAUCCAGAAGAAAAGAAACGAGACCAUCCAGCAAGAAGAGAGAGGAAGACAUUUCAAAUGACAAGAAGAAGAAGAAGAAGAAGAAGAAAAGUCAGCGCAGCAACAAAGAGGUUGGAUUUGAGAAUGAAGCAGGUUCUGAUCCCAUUGAUGCUCCACCUGAACCCAGAACAGAAGAUUUACAGCUGCUGGACUCACAUCCUGACACCAGCAAGGAGGACCACUUCUUCCAGUAUCUGUCUUCCAAGUCCUGGACGGAUCUGAAACCAAACAGGAAGACGUUUGAUGUGAAUUCAGCGGCAGACUCCAGAAACCUUCGAGGGACGUUUGUUGUUUGUCGACGGAAAACUGGAGAUGAAAAUAUUUGUGUGAACGUCAGCAGGACAUCUGAGUCUGUCCACCACGAUGUUGGAGAUCUGCUGAUGGACGAGCUGCCACCGUGGAUGAACGGCGACGUGAACGCUGCCAACAUCGAAUCUUUACUGGCCAGUCCUAGCAGAGAAACGGAGAUCCAGGAGUCGACUGGAAACUCUCCAGCAGGAAGAGUUCUAUUGUCGCUGACGAACACGAUGUCGACUCCAGACGGGGAAGCUGGAGGAAGGACCAGGAGGAGGAGGAAAGGUGUGGUCAAUUACCUCGAGCCGACUCUGAGGAGCAAACUGAGGCGAGGAGACGAACACACCGACAGCACGUUCCUCAGCUCCCCAAUGUUCAAGGACAAGAGGAAGAAGAAAACUGUCAGCAAAACCAAGACAGACAGACCCAUGUUACUGGACUGAUUAUUAUCAGUUUCUCUGUUUAACUUUAUUUUUAGUUGUUUUUUCAAGUUUGCCUUAAAGUUCAAUAAAGAUGUUUUCUGGUAAAUUUGAAGUAUCUUUAAAGUUUCUCCUGGAGGUCAGUCCAUUUAUAGUCUGUGUUACGUCAUCUAACAAAAAUAUGCAUUUUCUUUUCAUUUCUGACCAUUUUAUCGAUAAAAUUAUACUUGAGUCACUGAAACCACAACUAGUAAAACUAGUUAGAAAUCUAGUUGUUCUUCUCAAUUCUUUACAUUUUGGAUAAAACCUCCUUAGAAAACUCUGUAUUCUUUGUAGUGGAGGAAAUAUUUGUAGUACUUGAGUCAUUUUUAUUGCUUCUGUGCUUCUAGUACAAAUGUUUCACUCCACUAUAUUUAACGGCUGUUUCACUGAAGGGCUUUAACUAAUAAAUGUCAUCAAUUUAA